GUCGCUUCGAAAAACAGUCACCAAAACAAGAAUCCUCAAUGGACGAAAAGAGUAAAAACCUCAUGAAAUGGACACAAAAGAAAUAAAUUUAGAUUAUUUCAAGCAUCAGUCUAUACAUUUGUUGGCCAUCAUAAAGCAACUUUCAUCAAUUGAGGAUCAAUACGAAGCGAUAAUCUACAUUUUGUCGGCAAUUAAUGCCUAUUUGAAGAACAUUUUCACAUAUAAUGACCGCGAAAUACUGAAGACAAAAAUUUACAGCAACCCAGAACUCGUGAAAGGUCACGUAAAUGAUGUACUGAAAGCAAUUAAAGGUGACGACGAAAAAGUAGAGCAAGCGAAGCUCGACUCAAUUGUACCAAAAGUCAAGAAUUUGAAGAGUUUACUGCACUUUCCCUACUACAUCCGGAGCACUUCGUCCCAAAUUAGUCGUCCGAAGGCGACAACAACGACGUGCAAAGUAUUAUAUAAAAUCACCAAUCGAUUUCUCGCGACAAAAAAUCUCGAAGACUACUCGUACAAGGAGAUAAUUCGUUGGACCGCGGGCAUAAAUCGCGUCAACAAGCUAAAAUCCAACCUCAAAGUACGGGUUUUGGUGCGAAAAACGGUCAUCCCGCGCGGAAUUAAGCGUUCAGUGAGCCUUUCGGCAGCCGACGACAGUGUUAAACUCCGUAAAAUUACCGCAAGCAAAGUUACUGCGCGUUCCCAAUCGACUAACGUGCGGCACGAAAGUCCGCCAAAUCCCGAAUUUGUCGAUAGCAUCGACUACGACGAACUGAUUCUCAAUCCGGAGCUCGAAAAGAAGCUCGUACGGCAACCGAUAGCGGUGAAUCACAAAGAAGCGAGCAAAUCUCCCAAAGCAAGGCGUUUGUCGAAGGACUCAAAUACAGGAAAAGUGAAUAAUAGCGUGAAUAGUGUCGUGAUGGGCGAUUUAGACGAUGAAAAGUUGGAAGAGAUGGAAAGUGAAGAGGAUGACGAGGAACCAAAGGCUUCCGUGAGUGACCCAAAUGCGAAAAAACCCGCGAAAAAGAGGAAAACUUAUCCGUGUAUCUUCUGUAAAAAGAGCUACCGUUCACGCAAAUCCCUGAUGCUCCAUUUUCAACAUCAUCCUGGCUUAUGUCCGGAUUGCGGAGUGCAAAUUGGAUUUUCGCCAGCUGAAAUUGUGGAACACAAUCGUCAAUUUCACAUCAAAGAACGUCCAAUUAUUUGCGAGGAGUGUGGCGAGUCAUUUACGCGCAAUCAACAAUACCAAGUUCAUCUACAGUGCCAUCAAAAAGCGAAGGAUAAGGAAGAUGUGGCAGUGCCGAAACACGUCUGUUCCGAAUGCGGGGCGAUCUUUGUGAAUCAAAAAGGACUCGAAAAGCAUAUUAUGGAGACGGAACACAAGCAGGAUAAACGUCUCUGUGAGAUUUGUGGCGUAGAUUUUGAUACAAAUACAAGAUUGUUACAACAUGUUCGCCGUGUUCAUCGACCAAAAUCCUUCUCGUGUACUCAUUGUUCAAAGCAGUUCACAUUGAAAUGCAAUUUGGACCGCCAUAUAAAGUCCCUUCACUCGAAUAACCCAUCCAAAUUGGUGUGUGAGCAUUGCGGCAAUGAAUAUACCAAUCAAAAUACGUUGAAUGAACAUAUGGAAAUGGCUCAUAAAAAGUCUAAAAUUUGGAAGUGCAAUGUUUGUGAUAAGACUUUCUUCAUAAAACGACUUUUAAAAGUGCACGAAAUUGUUCACUCUGAAUAUCGCCCGUUUCAGUGUACGCAAUGUGAUCAGUGCUAUAAACGUCGUUCCCAUUUGGAUCGCCAUAUUCACUUUUCGCACAACAAGAACGGCAAAGUAACCCGCGACUCGACCCAAACGCUCCAAAAUGGCGAAAAAGUCCCCAAAAAGAAGAAAACUCCCGAGGAAAUCGCCCUGAAGAAAGCACUGAAAGCCGAAGCAGCAAGUCACGCAGCAGCUGGCGUACCUGCGCCAAUCCCAAACAGCAAUCCGCAAGCGACGUACCAUAAUGCCACAAACGCCAUGCAUCCCACCUUCGACUAUAACAUGCAACCGUAUGGCAAUGCGCAAACAGCUGCAGGCGCUUCCCCCAUGGAUUACAACGCCAUGCCGCAGCAUCAUGUUCAGCAAACGCCAGUGCCGCCGCCGCAGCAACAACAACAAGACCCCAAUGCCAUGUACUACAACGAUCAGAUGAUCAAGUACGAGAAUACGCAACCAUAUCCGAGUCAGCAGCAGCAACAGGCAGGCACGAAUUAUCAUCAUCAGCAACAAACGGACUUUACGAAUCAGUAUUACAUGCAACAGCCACAAGCGCCUCAGCAACCCGACAUGACAGGCAGUUGGAACAACAUGCAAAUGUACAAUAAUGGCUCAGCGCCAUCUGCCGACGCGAUGAAUUACUAUGGGCACAAUGCGGCGGAGCAUCAUCCGCAGCAGCAGCAACCGCAAUCGCAUCAUCAUCCGGAGCAAAAACAUCAGCAGCCGAACCAUUUGAUGAACAUCCCGAACACCGACUUGUUCUACGGACAGGAAAACAUGUGGAAUCAUCAACCAGAUCCGUCACAAAAUCAAAAUCAUCCGCAUCAUCAUCCGCAUCCGCAAGUCGGAAAUACCUACAAUAACAUUGGGAACAUCCUAACGAAUCUCGAACUGAUCGGCAACAAUAGCAAUUUUGAGAAUAAUUUUGAUAUUGUCACGUCGCAAGGCAUGGGACAUCCUCCCGGCGUGCCUACUGACGAUCCAACGCAGCAAACACAACAACAACAACAAAUGCAGCAAUCGGGCAUGACGGACUAUCAAAUGUUCGACUAUGCCCCGGGCUUCAUGAAAGCCCCGUUUGAGUAAAUUUGAGUUUUCUUAUUUUUUUUUGUUUGUUAAAAGAAUUUUUCUUAUUAUAUAAAAAAUUAUAUAUAUCAUCACACAUUCUCUGCGGAGAUACUCUACGUCAGUUCCUUUACUUUUCAGAAAAGUAGAGGAGAAAAUAUUAGAUUUUAAUAAAAAAAAAAAUAUUUGAAAUGAAGAAAAAAAAAUGAAGUUAAAACAAUACUCUAAAUAUAAAUUAUAAAUAUAGAAAAGAGAAAAACAGAAUGUGAAAUGCUUUUCCAAAAUAUUUAUAAAAAUAUAUUUAAUAUAAUAUAUAAUAUAGCCUGGAAUCACAUUAAACACUUUUUCGAGUCU